UGGGAGUACAGUGAAGUAGUGCUCCAGAGGAACAGCUCCAACCAGGAACUGUGUCCUCCUAGAAGGUCUGUAAGACUUCUGUCAAGUCCUCUCUCUUCAUAUCAUUGUCCUCCCAGUUGAUGAUCCCAUCUUGAUCCCUGAGAAACGGUCACUGCAUGUUGGGAUUGCCAACCUCUAACAAUGCCUAAAACUCUCAAUGUACGUGUCACCACAAUGGACGCAGAGCUCGAUUUUGCCAUUCAGAGCAACACUACUGGCAAACAGCUCUUCAAUCAGGUGGUGUUGACUGUGGGACUUCGCGAAGUCUGGUUCUUUGGAUUGCAGUAUCAGGACUCCAAAGGAUUCUCCACGUGGCUCAAGCUCAACAAGAAGGUUACAGCCCAAGACAUGCGGAAGGAGAGCCCAUUACCCUUCAAGUUCCGGGCCAAGUUCUACCCCGAGGAUGUGUCCGAGGAACUGAUCCAGGAGAGCACCCAGCGGCUCUUCUUUCUCCAGGUGAAAGAGGCAAUCCUCAACGAUGACAUCUACUGUCCACCGGAGACAGCCGUGCUGUUGGCUUCCUAUGCUGUACAGACCAAGUAUGGAGACCACAGUCCAGGCAUCCAUCUACCAGGAUACCUAUCCAAUGAGAAGUUUCUACCGCAGAGAGUCCUGGAGCAACACAAGCUGAGCAAGGAACAGUGGGAGGAGAGAAUCCAGGUGUGGCAUGAGGAACACAAGGGAAUGCCUAGAGAGGACUCAAUGUUGGAAUAUCUCAAGAUCGCUCAGGAUCUGGAGAUGUACGGAGUCAAUUACUUCUGUAUCAAGAACAAGAAGGGCUCAGAGCUGUGGCUUGGUGUUGAUGCACUGGGACUCAAUAUAUAUGAGCAGAAUGACAAGAUGACACCAAAAAUUGGAUUCCCUUGGAGUGAAAUUAGAAACAUUUCUUUCAGUGACAAGAAAUUUGUUAUCAAACCAAUUGACAAGAAAGCACCAGACUUUGUGUUCUAUGCUGCUCGUCUGCGCAUCAACAAACGUAUCCUGGCUCUUUGCAUGGGCAACCAUGAACUGUACAUGCGCCGCCGCAAGCCUGACACCAUUGAGGUGCAGCAGAUGAAGGCUCAGGCCCGUGAGGAGAAGUAUCAGAAACAGAUUGAGAGGGCACUGCUGGAGAAUGAGAAGAAGAAGCGAGAAAUUGCAGAGAAGGAGAAAGAGAAGAUUGAGCGGGAAAAGGAGGAGCUGAUGGAGCGGCUCAUGGAGAUUGAAGAGCAAACCAGAAAAGCUCAACAAGCACUGGAAGAACAAACAAGGAGGGCUUUGGAGCUUGAACAGGAAUGGAGGUGUGCACAGGAGGAAGCGGAACGGCUGGAGAAGGACCGGCGGAUGGCUGAGGAGGCCAAAGCUUCCUUAUUGCAGCAGUCCAAAAACCAGAUGAAGAAUCAAGAACUACUAGCCACUGAACUGGCUGAACUGACAUCAAAGAUCUCGCUCUUGGAAGAUGCCAAAAGGAAAAAAGAGGAAGAGGUCACAGAGUGGCAGAAGAAGUGUCGCUCACGGCAGACAGAUUUGGUGCAGGAAGACUUGAAAAAGACCAAGGUGGAGCUCAGGAGCAAGGUGAUGUCCUUUACUGUUGAAAAUGAGCACGACGAGAACGACGAGAGCAGUGCAGAAGCGAGUGCAGAGCUCACGGCUGUGGGGUCCUACAGAGACCGCAGUGAAGAGGACCGACUGACUGAGGCCGAGAAGAAUGAACGUGUUCAGAAACACCUGCUGGCCCUCAGCUCGGAGCUGGCCAACGCUCGUGACGAAACUAAGAAAACAGCAAAUGACAUCAUCCAUGCUGAGAAUGUGAGAUCUGGUCGCGACAAGUACAAAACCUUGCGGCAGAUCAGACAGGGCAACACCAAACAGCGCAUCGAUGAGUUUGAGUCCAUGUAAGCAGGACAGACCAGAGGGCGUUCAUGAGUAAAACCAGCAGACCCCUUCCUAGCCGCACUGGGAUUUUAUAUUUACACCUUUUUGUUAUGAACAAUUUUGCUAUCAUUAAUCAUACAGCAGUACACUAAUCUGGUAGAAAAAAAAAAUACUGACACUAUUGUGCUGUACAUAUUUACUUGUAUCUGGCAAAAUUCAGACCUUAUUGGGUAGAUUUCUGUUCAACAGGUGCUAUUCUGUAAUACUCAUCUGUCGCGGGAUUUUAUUUUUCAUUGUGUGUUCUUCUGUCUGUUUGAAUCAGUUUUUUGAACAAUAGCCCCCUUUUUUCAAGAUUAUCAGCCAAGUCAUGUUUGCAAAACACUUAUAUUCCCUUUACAACAUUUAAAAAUAUUGCUUUAGCAUCAUAUAGCCUUUUGUUUUUUUUAAUUCUUCUUGCUAUUACAUCUGUACUUUACUUACAGUUAAUUUGCAGUACUUUCCAUGGUCAGCAUUUAAAACAAAGAAAUGAAAGGCAACACUUAUAUUUCUUUCUUUAUUUCUUUCAAUUUGCUGUCCUAAGCAAUGUUGGUCAUUGCUACUGUUGUGCUAUGCUGUAUGUACUUCUAUACUUUCAUUAAUUUAAUAUUGAUAGCCAGUAUUCCAAAAGCAAAGUGAAAGUGGUCCACAACAUAUCCUGGAAACACAGGACACUUAGCAGGAUACACUCUGGGGUUAUUACAGGGUGUACACACACACACACACACACACACACACACACACACACACACACACCUUUGCUCACAUUUACCAGUUCAUCUGCAACACACAGCAAUUCAGUUCAUUUAUUAAUAUUUUAUAAAUUGCCAUUUUGCCCAUUUUAA